UAAUAUAAACGGUUGAUGCAGCAGCUGAAAGGGUACUUUUUGUCCAGCUCUGCUGUCUUUCCCGGCCUCUCCAGUCUCUCCUGGACCAGAGGAUUGCUCACCAUGAAGUUGCUCAGCCAAAUCCUUUGCCUGACCUUAGCUUUGGCAUAUGUCCAGUCUGAUCAUCAUGCAACUGUCCUUGACCGUUGUCAAGGUCUUGAGAUGGAUGCUGUUGUAUUGAACGAAGAGGGACACCUUUACUUUUUCAAGGGUGACCAUCUGUUCAAGGGGCUCCAUGGCAAGGCAGAGCUGUCCAAUGAGUCCUUCCCUGAGCUGGAUGAACAUCACCACCUGGGCCAUGUAGACGCUGCUUUCCGCUUGCACGACGAGAACAGCACUCACCAUGACCACAUUUUCUUGUUUUUGGAUGACAAGGUGUUCAGCUAUGACAAACACAAGCUGGAGGAUGGCUUCCCCAAGCCCAUCUCUGAGGUUUUCCCUGGAAUCCCUGACCACCUGGAUGCUGCUGUGCAGUGCCCCAAGCCAGAGUGUGAUGAAGACUCUGUCAUCUUCUUCAAGGGAGACAAGAUCUUCCACUACAAUGUCAAAACCAAGGCUGUAGAUGAGAAGGAGUUCAAGACCAUGCCAAACUGCACAUCUGCUGUCCGUUUUAUGGAGCACUAUUACUGCUUCCAUGGACACAUGUUCUCCAAAUUUGACCCAAAGACCGGUGAUGUGCAUAGCAGAUACCCCAAAGAGGCACGUGACUACUUCAUGAGAUGCUCCAAGUUUAGCGAAGAGAGUGACCAUGUGGAGAGAGAGCGCUGCAGCCAUGUUCAUCUGGAUGCCAUUACAUCUGACAAUGUUGGAAACAUGUAUGCCUUUAGAGGUCACCACUUCAUCCGUAGAGAUGAGGGCAAUGACACACUGAAGGCGGACACCAUCGAGAAUGCUUUCAAGGAGCUGCACAGCGAGGUGGAUGCUGUUUUCUCUUAUGAGGAUCACCUGUACAUGAUUAAGGAUGACCACCUAUUUGUUUACAAAGUUGGUGAGCCCCACACUCACUUGGACGGCUACCCCAAGCUUGUUAAGGAUGAGCUGGGCAUCGAUGGUCAUAUUGAUGCUGCAUUCAUCUGUGAGGAUCAUCACAUCGUUCACAUUAUUAAAGGUGAUCACAUCUAUGAUGUGGAUUUGAAGGCCAGCACCCGUGCUGCAAGCAAUGCUCGUCCAAUUGCCCUCUUCAAGAAGGUUGAUGCUGCCAUGUGCGAUGCAGAAGGAGUGAAGGUGGUCGUAGGAAACCACUUCUACCACUUUGAGAGCCUCAUGCUGAUGGUUGCUGCAAGGUCCCUGCCUGAGCAGCGCAGGGUAUCCCUCGACCUGUUUGGCUGUGAUCACUAAGAUGCUUGCUUGACAUGACUGGAUUGUGCAGAACAUCACAUAGAACAUGGUGAAACAUGAAACAACAACAGCACCAACAACAUCAUGUAUUAGGCCCCUAACAGCAAGUUGCUAAGCUUUACUCACAGACAGUGAUGCAAUGUUUCAUUGUUGUUUCCCUUUUAACCUUUUAACUGUUUUACUUCUUUUUGGAAGGGUUCUCACUUUUUCAGAUUAAGCUUAGUGGUUUUACAGUGUUGUUGUGAAUAAAGUGGAAAGGCAACAAA